UGUAUAUAUAUUGCUUAAUCUUUGUUUUGAGAAACGACGCUACCGCUUGAGGUGUGAGUCGUCACCGCUUUAGUUGUGAGAAGUCAUCAUUUUAGGUGUGAGACAUCACCACUUUAGUUGUGAGAAGUUAUCAUUUUAGGUGUGAGACGUCACCGCUUUAGGUGUGAGAAGUCAUCACUUUAGGUGAAAUACAACACAUUUACCUAUAUAUGACACUCAGUGACCUAGCAGGUGUUGCUAAUGCCAGGUACUGCUACUCCAGAUACAGCAAUGGCAGAUACAACUACACCUGUACCUAUUCUAGCUACUCCUACUACAUACCUGUUGGCUCCAUAGUUGGCGCUGUGAUUGGCUGUUUGGUUGGCCUCGCAACGCUGAUUGGACUGUUGGUAUUUUUUUGCUGUAUCCGACCACGCCGCCUAGCAGCCAGGGGUAAACUACUCCAAACGACAACAGGCCCUGCUGCAACAGUGAUUUCUACAUCAACCGCAGCAUCAACUGCGCAGAUGGGUGGUGGUUACGUCAACACAGCUUCCUACCCUCCCGGAACUCAGGCUACCUACCCAUAACACUCUUAUCCUCCACAACAACAAGUGCCCUCUACCGGAUAUCAACCGCCUCCAUCCUACAAAUAAGCAGAAUGAAAAGCAAUUAGUUUUUAUAUUAUCAUGAACUUGCGUUCAAAUCGAAAAACAUUUCAGGCUUACUUAAUAAAGCGUAACAUGAUGUGUAUUCAUUCAUGUAAGAAUAUAUUUCCAAUGGUCAAAUAAAAUUAAAUGAUU